AUGCUGAAGUAUGUCGAAUGUUAUUCUGAAGAAAUAACUCUCCCACGUCGAAUGCCUUCCUCAAAGGUGGAAACGAGCCAGAGGAUGUCAAACAGUGACUUGGAGGGAAGCAUAAAAGCCACUACCAGCAAACUCAGCCGCACUGGUCACUGUCGUCUUCCUGGAUGGGAAUCCCGAGACGGACCACAUCAAUGGUUAGAGACAUUGUCAAACAUGGACCAGUCGCGCCCUCAACGGCGUUCCUCCUUUUCCACCCCCCCCCCACUUUACACCCGACUGACAGUGCUGGAUUUAUGCAUCAAUUUACCAGCUCGCGCGUGCAAUGCGCAGCUACCUACCCCGCCCCCAAUCAUCGGUGAACGAAACUGUGGCAGCUACAACCAGUGUACGACGAGCCUAUGGCAACGGGUCAAGUUUACAAUGCUCCGGUGCACUCCAUAUUACUAUGUGGAUCAGAAACCUGGCAACUGCGCGCUGAGGACGUCAAAAGACUUUAAGUGUUUGACCAUCGAUGUCUUCGGAGCAUUGCCCGAAUCUGGUGGGAACACCGAAUCAGCAAUUCUGAAGUUUGUCGAAUGGUAUUCGGGAGAAAUAACUCACCCUCGAUAA